UUAGGAACAAACAGAAAUCUGUUUGUGUUUUUGGAAGAGGGCGGGGCUUAAGAUGCUUUUGACGCAGUAGUCAGAGGAAUAAAGACGAGCUCCUCCAGAGGGUGAAGCUGCUGCUAUAAGGUUUCAGACCAGGAGCACAGAUAGAUGAUGAUGAUGAUGAUCAUGGACCACUUCACUCUGACUCAGUCUGCACCAAUCUGAGAGGAUGCUGCAGGAAACUUUGGGAGUCCACCUGCAGAUUCUGCUGGCUGUGGGUCUGGCGGUGCUCUGCUACGGUCUGGUUCUUGGCUGCAUCGUCUGCUGUCGCAGAAAGAAAAGGAUUCCCUCGGCAGACAAGGAGGCUGUUUUCUUGGCUUCUCCUCCUCCUCCUGAGGAGGUGACCGUGACUCUGAACCUUCCUGCCUGCACCCAGCCCGUCCAACAGCAGUAUGAGGAGCUGGAUGGAGAAGUGUUGGAGUUUCCUUACUCUAAAAGCUCUUUCCCCUCUCAUGAUGACCUCACCACUUUGCCGUUUGAGCCAGAGCCUAACGGGUCAGCUGAGCCGGUGCAGUCUUCCCUCCCAAUGCGGCGCUUCAGCUCUCCUGCUUUUCCCAGUAAAGCUGGAGGUCCCAGUAGAUUCUCUUUGUCCUCCCUCACUAAGCUGAAUCUUGUGUCUAGAACCCGCCAGGUCAUGGGUCGGCGCCGCACGGUGAGUGGGGAUGCUUUAGCAUACGAUGAGAGCAGACACCUGACCAGGCCUGGGGAGCCGCUUCUGUCCCGGUACGGUUCUCACUCCCUCUCCUCCAGACCAGCGCCUCUCCUGCACUUCUCUCUACUCCUCAGCUCUGCUUCCUGCACCCUGGUGGUCAACAUCCUGAGUCUCUCUGGGGACAACCGUAGACGCGGUGGGGUGUUUGUCCGGGCCAGCCUCCCUCCUCUUUACCCCACCCCGCAGCAGAUCCCCCCACGGCGGCGCAGCCUGGGCCCAGAUCUCCACAGCCAGAACUUGGUGCUGCAGGUGGGUUCUGUGGAGGAGCUGCAGACCUGCACGCUGAGACUGGCUGUCUACAGCAGAGACUUCUCUGGACUAAGAGAGGCUGCUCUGGGUGUGAUGGAGCUGGCCUGUGAGCAGGUGGACUGGCAGCCUGACACCACCACUACCUACAGCAGGCAACUCAGCAUGAGUAAAGCCAAGCUAAAGAAGAGUGUGAGUUCUUUGGAGUCACCGAGUCGCAGGAAGAGCUCCGUUUGGGUGCCUCAGACUUUGGGGCAGCUCCUGGUCCUAUUGCAGUACCAGGCGCAGGCCCGGCGACUCAAAGUUAUGGUCCGAAAGGCUGAGAAUCUGGUCAAAGUCACACAAAUUCCUGGAAAUGCGGAUCAUUAUAUCGUCAUCAACUUGCGUCAGGAUGGUAAGAUAGUUGAUUCAAAAGAGACAAAAGGGGUCGGUGGUCCCAACCCAGUCUGGAACGCUCCGUUCCUGUUCGACCUGCCUCCUGGUGACAUCACACAGCUGUCACUGACUCUGGAGUUCCUCGUCAUGCAGGGUCGCCUCUACACCAAGAGUAGCAUUCUGGGUCGCGUCCUGAUCGGUACCGAUGCCUCAGAGGCAGGACGGGAACACUGGAGGGACACAUGCUGUCCAGGUCAAACAGAAAUCACUCGCUGGCACAUCGUCCAGCCAGAUAUACGGUAGAACCAAUCCAGACCAUUAUGGUGUCACGACACCGGACUGUAGAGGGCGCUAACAACAACUAAUACCAGUUUUCUCCACAUCAGCUGUUGCUCCUCCAUCUUUUGUGUCAUUUCUAAUUUAUUCUGUAUGUGAUGUGAAAUGUGAUUACAUUGUGGCUUUGUGUUUUAAUCCUCUAAUUAAAAAUGUUAAUGUUGGCUGGUCUCACUGGGCUGUGGCUGGCAGUGACUAGUAUUGCACAAAACUGAGAAAAAUACACACGGUUUUCUAUUUAAAUCAAAGAAAAUUACCAAGGGGAUCUGCCUAAACUACAAAUUGCAAAAUGUGUGAGUAAUUUAUUUAGAUAUUCUUAAUGUAUUUCUAUCCAUAAUUUAUUCUUCAAAUUUUCUGCAUUGGCGCUUCAGGCUGCGAAUGCGGUCAUUUAACCAGGGACUAGGGUUCACUGCAGGAACUGAUCUGGUUCUGACAAGACAGAUGUUGUCCAGAAUGGAGAGGCAGUGCUCGUUAAACUGAGCAGUUAAGGAAUCUGGGUCAAUAUCAGAAGAACAGGGUGGAUCAAAAGCAGCAGAAAAAUUGCUAGCUGUGCUCUCAUUAAGAAAACGAGAACUAACCAUACGGUGAGCAGGACGUGGGGACGCAGAAACUGACUAGUUAAAGAAAAUGGUGAUCAGAAAUAUAAAUGUCCUCAGGACAAACACUGUCAGCAUUUAGACUCAGGGUAAAAACAAGGUCCAGAGUGUGAUCCCUGGUGUGUGUGGCCAGAAACAUGCUGGUUCUAGCUGAAGGAGUCCAUAAGGCUGGAGAUAUUCAUGGCAAAGCGAUCAGAGGGAUCAUCAAUGUGGAUGUUAAAGUCACCAGUCUGGACAGCUUCACAGUGGAAGAUAGAAAGUCACUAAACUCCUGAAGGAAAGAACUGUUUGGACCAGGUGGACAAUGAACCACAGCACAGUAGAACGGGUCCUUACCCCCGACUUUAAUCAGCUGCAGUUCAAAGGAAGCAAAGUGACCAGAGGUUGUAGAGCUACAUGGAAAAUGGUCUCUGAAAACAACAGCUAGGCCUCCACCACGACCAGAACCCCGGGGCUAGCUAAGAAAAAAAUAACCACUUGGGCAAAGUUCAAUCAGACCAGAAUAAUCGGAUGUUUGCUGCCAAACUCCAGUCAGAAACAGAAAAUCCAGGUUUUUAAAGAGAAUUAGAUCAUGCAGGAAGGACUUAUUGUUAACAGAGCAGGUAUUUAAUAGCCAUGUUGAGUGAGGUGGAGGAAUCAGAUACUACAGUAACAGCUGGAGUUAGUGGACGUAAAUUAGCAGGGUUAGAUCCACGGUGUUUAUAAAAACCACUCAUGGAGGAAACAGGAGGAGAAAGCGCUGAAGAAUGAGGAUAAACCGACCUUAAAAACUUGGAUGAAGAAACCACGCCGCAACGCAGCCUGGCGGGAAUGCGGAAGUGGCGCUCAGGUCGCCAAACAAAGGACAAGAAGCUAGAAGAUCACGUGUUUACUAGAUAAACCACAUUUUAAGAGAAGUCUUAUUUCUCACCUGGAUUCCUGCUCACUUACCUCUUAUCCUCCGACGUUUUCCUGGGACCGGAUAAACAUCGCUGGAGGCAUUCAGGUAGGAAUCUGAGUUUGGCUCCGGGCCAGUGUACUGCUCAUGUAAGCAAACAGGGAGGUGAAUCCUCAGUGCAUCUUGGGCGAUCGUGAACAAACGGAAGGACAACAGAGUCUGGCGAUCAUAGGAGAUGGCAGCUGGGACACUACCGAAGAGGAUCGCAGACAGGAGCAAGGUGGAAAAGAGGACGUUAGUGGAGAAAGGGGGAGAGAGGAGGAUCCUGACUCAGUAUAAGCAGCCAUCCACCAUGACUCACUGGGGAUCAUGCGCGAUUCAUUUUCAUGCUGGAUGUUGUAGCACGGAGCUGCCGAUCAGUGUGGGAACGGGAGAAGAGAAUAGCUGUGUGUGUGUUUGUGCGUGCCUGUUCUCCACAUUGGAGCUCUUGCCCUGGUGAGCUGCUCAGGGGAGAAAGCAGUGUGUGUGUGGCACAUGAUUAUGAGGACACACACAGCAAAUUAAUAAAAUAAUGUGGUUCUGAGUUUCGAAAAGCAACAGCUCAUGCCUGCCUUUGUUUACCUUAUAAUGGAGGACACUGCAGACUUUCCCGCGUGUAUUAAACGCCACCCACAGGCUCAAGGAUUUCCACAUUCCUGAGAAGUCACUUGGAUGUACAGUGGGGCAAAUAAGUAUUUAGUCAGCCACCGAUUGUGCAAGUUCUCCCACUUAAAAUGAUGACAGAGAUCAGUAAUUUACAUCAUAGGUACACUUCAACAGUGAGAGACAGAAUGUGAAAAAAAUCCAUGACUUCACAUGGCGGGAUUUUUAUAGAAUUAAUUUGUAAAUCAGGGUGGAAAAUAAGUAUUUGGUCACUUCAAACGAAGAAAAUCUCUGGCUCUCACAGACCUGUUGUCGCGUGCACGUCCCAUUUACCGGUUCCGUUAGAACUUAUGAGACAGUGCAUCUAUCAGGGUUCUGUGGGGGUGUCGGCGAGUUUUAUCGUACUAGACCCUGGUUAUGGACCUCCUAAUUAGAAUCGUAUCUUUUAUUUUAAAGGUGAAAUGACUUGCACGAAUAGUAUCCCCAGAGUAGUCCACUUCUUUUAAACUCGUUAUCUUUUGGUUAAGAUACUAGAGUGAAGUCUGUAGGAAGGCCAAUCCUCUCAGCAAUUGUUUGGAUUAUCUGGAUUAAUUGCGCCUCUAUCAGCUUAUGUGGGAGGUUGGUAACUAUAAAAUGAUUUUUGUUAGUUGAUCAGGCUAACAUAAAUUUAUCAAUUUAUUUAAUUAAUCCAACCCUCCAGCUGAUAGAGACUUUUUCAACCUGCAAUCAGAGCCAAAAAUAACCUCUAAUAUUUUGGUUUUAUCGCCCUUAAGACAACUCGUUAC